GCGACGGGGCGGGGCCGGGCGGCGGGGCCUGGUUUCCUCCCUCAGCGCCAUUUUGUGGCAGCGAGACCCGCAAAUAAAGGGGAGCGCUGGGGUUGUGGCGGGACUAGGAGCGCGGCGGAGCCGGCGGCAGAGCGGUCCGGCUGCGCGGCGGCCCGGGGGGCCCGGGCGGCGGGGCGAGCAGCGCGGCCUCGGCCUCCGCGACUGGCGGUGCCGGCGCGGCUUCCGUCAGGAGAGGAUUCAAGAUGACCAACGAAGAACCUCUUCCCAAAAAGGUUCGACUGAGUGAAACAGACUUCAAAGUUAUGGCGAGAGAUGAGUUAAUUCUACGAUGGAAACAAUAUGAAGCAUAUGUACAAGCUUUGGAGGGCAAGUACACAGAUCUUAACUCUAAUGAUGUAACUGGCCUAAGAGAGUCCGAAGAAAAACUAAAGCAGCAACAGCAGGAGUCUGCACGCAGGGAAAACAUCCUUGUAAUGCGACUAGCAACCAAGGAACAAGAGAUGCAAGAGUGUACUACUCAAAUCCAGUACCUCAAGCAAGUCCAGCAGCCGAGCGUUGCCCAACUGAGAUCAACAAUGGUAGACCCAGCGAUCAACUUGUUUUUCCUAAAAAUGAAAGGUGAACUGGAACAGACUAAAGACAAACUGGAACAAGCCCAAAAUGAACUGAGUGCCUGGAAGUUUACGCCUGAUAGAGGCCUGAUGGCGUCGGACUAUUCCGAAGAAGUGGCCACCUCCGAAAAAUUCCCCUUCUAGAACAUGUAGACACUUGAGAAAUGUUUCUGUUUGAAGAAAAUAGAGGGAGAAACAGAAGUCUUAAGUCUGUGGCACACUGUGUCUUCAGACAGUUUGAAGGAAUGAAAACCUAGAGAUUUUAAGUCAUGAAUUGAACAUGUAAAAUUCCAGUAAAAUGUAAAAAUGGAAUAUGCAUCGCUCUUAACCUUGAGCACAGUGACUUAGAGACACUGCAUAUCAGUUUUGCCAAUAAGACUGUGGACUUCAUGAUUGUUGUUGAACUUCUGGGUCAAAACUCAAAUGAGGUGAAUUUUGCCUUUAAAGGGUUUAUUUGCUGAGAACCAACUUUUAAUAGUCAUGAGAGAAUCAAUAGAUGUCCGUACAAGUAGCACAUAUAUUUAACCAUUUAGUUUGGGGCUCUAUAGUACUUGAUUGAGCCUUAAAUCAAUGUGGUUUUAUUCAAUGGUUUGUUCCUUGAAUGAUUGCAAAAACUGUAGAUAAUCUUACUGAGGACUGUACAAAACAUGAAGGUGUGGUAUCAAACUUCAGGUUUAAAUUGUUUGAAGCAUUAUAAACAUUCAUUUCACAACUAGAUUGUAUAAGGAUGUUAGCUGUGAUGAGACUCACUGCAUUAUUUUUUUAGUGAAUUUUAUGAAAUCCCCAUUCCAUUCAACAGGCACAUGUUUAAAAGAGCAUUGUCGUUGGUGUUAAUGGGGGAAUGUGUUCCUUCAUUGUAUUUGGGCCUUUUGUAUUGCACUCUUGAUAUUAAAUUAAAUGUGCCUUGAAAUAGUUGUUUUUUUUUUUAAGUUCAAAGAAUAUUAUGAUGAUUUUGUUGUACUCUUUAACAGUUUAAUUUGGGGGGGCACUGUGGAGAGCAGAUUGAUUUUGGAAAUACUGUUGCUGUGCUCUUCAAAGUGAAGGAAAAGGCGCUGUGCCUCAUUUUUAAAAGACCUACUUUAUCCCAUUUGAUAUCAUAAAAGACAAGGAGACUUGACACUUGUUACUUUUAUGACGCUUUGUCCCAGGGUAUUGCAGUAGAAAGUAACGUGGGACAGCUUCACAGGGUGCCUGCCAGAAGAUAAUGUGUUGGAACUGUGGGCUGGCCUAAGUAAGACAUUCUGUGAAUUGAAAAAAGGUAUAGUGAUCAUUUCUAGCAAAUUCAUUUAAUCAUUUAGAUAAAUGAGGCAUUAUUUUCUUCAUGCUUCCAUCCAAUCCUGGAGGUGAAUUUUUUCCGUCAGAUCAUUCUAUAAGUCACCAAUUCAAAUUUUCGCUUGGUGAUAAUGGAGUCUAAGAUGAGUGGAAGAUAAAUGUUCCAGCUUGUCCCAACGUUUAAGUGCAGUUUUAACAAGGGUGACUUAAGUUCUCUCUUUAUCAUUCAAAUCAAUUGUAAGUAUCUUGUAUGUUUGUGCUUUAGGGAACUGAUUGUGGGGCAGAGGGUGGGUUGAAGAAGUGGUUUGUGUGACUUUUUCAGCAAGAAAUCUGCUUCUAAAAUUCUCACUAUUUGUGAGGGUUGGAGGGUAAGUAACCAGAUCUGUUUGAAACUAGCUUAUGUGCUUGCAUUAAGGCUUUUGUAUAUAUUUUAUGCCAUUUAAGAUCACAGUAGAAAUGGCCUAAGUGUCUUUUUAGUAGGUCAAGAAGUAAUUCAUAAAAUGUAUAACAUGUACUCAAAUUUAGUGGGCAUCUUUCUUCGCCACUUAGAUAACAGUCAUGAGUUCUAUGGUUUUUUCCUUGUCAUUGUUAAAAUUUUCUCUUCUAAUUAAUAAGAUAAUACAUGCUUGUGUGUAAAAUUGAAAUUAUGUAGAGAAAGUUGAAGAUGAAAAGUGAGUGUGACUCCUGGAUGUGACCUUGACAUCCCAUUCUGUUCUCCAGGAGCAGUAGCUGCUGUUACUUUUCUUGGAUAUCAUCAUGAUUAUUUCUAUGCAUAUACAGUCAUUUUAUGUAUAUUGUUUUAAACAAAUGUGAUCAUACCAUAAACACAGAUGACUUGCAC